AUGAUCGGUAAACGGAUCAUUGAUAUAACGUCACCGCUAUGUAUAUCAGCAAAGUUUACAUCAGAAAGACAUUUUGCUUCCAAAAUGUUCAAAGAGAAGUGUGCGAAAAUACGACCCCUCAAAACGCCAACAAUGAUUGCUAUGGCUAAUUUCGAUUUCUAUUAUGGACCGGUAUAUGGCAGCCAAUGGCCAUCGAUACGUUUAGGAUUGCUUACACCGAAUAAAUAUUUCGCUGUGUUGAAUAAAUUUGCAAGGAAUCGAAAGGAAAAUGAGGCAUUAUUAAAAGAUCUUGGUGCAUUUAAUGUUUUGGAAAGAGCUCAACAACAAAUUGCCGAGAAAGAUAAUGCUCAUGUAGAUUACGAGGAACCGAUACCAUCGUGCGAUACGUCGGAAGGUGAAGAUUCAGUAAUUGCACAAAAGGUUGAUGAAAGUGAAUUGGAUUCUGUAUACAUGCGCGGUGAAAGAGGACUGGGACAUUUUCGACAGUCUAAUGAAAUUGCUUCAUUAGAAGAACAGACGCGUUUCAAGGCUCAGUCAUCGAAAGAUGUGAAUAUAAGGAAAAUUAAUAUCACUGGUUUCGAAGGGCAGUAUGUUGAGUUACCGACAAAAAAUCACACAUUGACAUAUCCGGCUGAACUGGCGAUAUACUCUUUUCCAAAAGGCAAUUUGUCCGAUUAUCCACCUCCUCCAAAAGAUGAAGUUGGAACUUCAGGUUGGUGGCUCCUUGAUGGUGGCUCAGUUGCACCUGUGCUAGCUUUGGGUUUAACCAAGGAGUCAAAUAUCUUAGACAUGUGUGCUGCGCCUGGUGGGAAAAGCCUUCUUAUCGUGCAAACUGAUUUGUUGGCAAAGUUGACAUGCAACGAUAAUAAGCAAAGUCGCUUGGGCCAGCUGCAUCGAGCGUUGGGACAAUAUAUACCAGUAAAUUCAGAUGUUGCUGACCGAAUAAUAUUGAAGAGGAAAGAUGCAUCGGUGUUGGAUGGUUGGGAUGAAUGCAACAUUUACGACAGGGUUCUGGUAGAUGUACCAUGCACUUCGGAUCGUCUUUCGGCUAAUAGAGAUGAUGGUAAUCUAUAUUCCACUCAGUUGACUGAGCAACGUUUGAAUUUGCCAGAAGUACAAACACGAAUGCUUGUCAAUGCUUUACGUUCCGUUCGAGUAGGUGGUUGUAUUGUCUAUUCAACAUGCGCCUUGUCUCCAGUACAAAAUGAUGGAGUUAUUGAAAACGGUGUAGCAAUAGCGGAUGAACAUUUCGGAAUAAAAGCGGUGGAGUUGUCGUUAUCACAAAUGGUAUCACAUUUUAAAAGCAUAUAUCGAUUCAGUAAUGAGCCUCGCAGAGGUCUUCUUAUACUUCCUUUUUUACCUUCGAAUUGCGGUCCAAUGUAUGUGUGUAAAUUGCAGAGGAUUCAAUAG